AUUGAUGCCUUGAGCUAGGCAAACUUGUAGCAUCAUCUUACAGUACACUUCUCAGAGUUGUCCCUCGCUCGCGCUCGCGCGCAUGGCCAUGCCCCCGGCCAUGAGCCACAUGCUCUUCCUUGCUCUUCUCUCCGCGUUGCCUCUCAGCCCCUCCGCCGCCAGCGGGAACACGCUGACGCAGUCCACGACCGUCGCCGGCGAGAAGAUGCUGGUGUCGCCGGGCAACGCCUUCCAGCUGGGCCUCUUCGCCGCCAGCAACCACUCCAAGUGGUUUCUUGGCAUAUGGUUCACCGUCUCGCCGGACACCGUCGUCUGGGUCGCCAACCGCGACCGCCCGCUGAACAGCUCGUCCGGCGUGCUCGGGCUCAACGACCGCGGAGCUCUGGUCCUCCUCGACGGCGCGACGACUAACAGCACCACCGUCUGGUCGUCCUCCAGCUCCAACUCCAACUCCAACUCCAACUCCUCCGCGGCGGCCGUCGUCAGCGCGGAGCUCCGCGACACGGGCAACCUGGUGGUGACGGACGCGGCGGGCGUGGCGCGGUGGCAGAGCUUCGAGCACCCGACCAACACGUUCCUCCCGGAGAUGCGGGUCGGGAAGAACGUGAGGACCGGCGCCGACUGGUCCCUCUGGUCGUGGCGCAGCGCCGACGACCCGUCGCCCGGCGACUUCCGCUACGUCAUGGACACGGGUGGCUCGCCGGAGCUGCACGUCUGGAGCCACGGCCGCAAGACGUACCGGACGGGCCCGUGGAACGGCGUGCGGUUCAGCGGCAUCCCGGAGAUGACCACCUUCGAGGACAUGUUCGAGUUCCAGUUCACGGACGACGCCGCCGGCGACGGCGACGGCGAGGUCUCGUACAUGUUCCGCGACCGCGACGGGUCGCCCAUGUCGCGGGUGCUCCUGAACGAGUCCGGCGUGAUGCAGCGCAUGGUGUGGGACGCCGCCUCCGGGUCGUGGAGCAACUUCUGGUCGGGGCCGAGGGACCAGUGCGACAGCUACGGCAGGUGCGGCGCGUUCGGCGUCUGCAACGUCGUCGACGCCACGCCCUGCAGCUGCGUCAGGGGGUUCGCGCCGAGGUCGGCGGCGGAGUGGUACAUGCGGAACACGUCCGGCGGGUGCGCCCGGAGGACGCCGCUGCAGUGCGGCGGCGGUGGCGGGGACGGGUUCUACCUCCUGCGCGGCGUGAAGCUGCCGGACACGCACAGCUGCGCCGUGGACGCCGGCGCCAACCUCGAGGAGUGCGCGCGCAGGUGCCUCGGCAACUGCUCCUGCACGGCGUACUCGGCGGCGGACAUCCGCGGCGGCGGGAGCGGGUGCAUCCAGUGGUUCGGCGACCUGGUGGACACGCGGCUCGUCGACGGCGGGCAGGACCUCUAUGUCAGGCUGGCAGAGUCUGAACUAGACGCUACCAAGAACACCCGGAAGAAGUUUGUGGCUGUCAUCACGCUGCUGAUCGCCGGCUUCGCGUUGCUGCUUCUAUCUCUUGCCUUUAUGAUUUGGAGAAAAAUGCGGCGCAGGCGCAGCAGCAAGAAAGUUAGCAUGGUUGAUGAGGCAGUGGAGCUUAUGAUGAGCAGCAGUGAAUGCCCCACGUACCCUCUGGAGAUCGUUCGAGCAGCCACCAACGGGUUCUGUGCAGACAAUGUGAUUGGGCGAGGCGGAUUCGGCCUAGUGUACAAGGGCCAAUUGCCGGACGGGCAACAGGUUGCCGUGAAGAAGCUGUCAGCGGAGAACAGCGUGCAAGGGCUGAAUGAGUUCAUAAACGAGGUGGUCCUGAUCGCCAAGCUGCAGCACCGGAACCUGGUCCGCCUUCUGGGCUGCUGCGUCCACUGCUCAGAGAGGAUGCUAGUCUACGAGUACAUGACCAACAAGAGCUUGGACGCCUUCAUCUUUGAUGCUAGGCGGCGUGCGUCGUUGCGGUGGAAGACGAGGCUGGACAUCAUCCUCGGGAUCGCCAGGGGUGUCCUCUACCUUCACCAGGACUCGAGGCUCAACAUCAUCCACCGGGACCUCAAGGCUGCAAACGUGCUCCUCGACGCCGCCAUGGUCGCCAAGAUCUCCGACUUCGGCAUCGCCAGGCUCUUCAGCGGCAGCGCUGAUCGCCAAGAAACCAUCACCAGGACAAUCAUCGGCACAUAUGGGUACAUGGCGCCGGAAUACGCCAUGGACGGCACGGUGUCGUUCAUGCAGGACGUGUACAGCUUCGGCGUCCUGCUGCUGGAGAUCGUCAGCGGCAGCAAGAACCACCGAAGUUUCAAUCUCAUAGCACAUGCAUGGGGGCUGUGGGAAGCAGGGCGGAGCCACGAGCUGAUGGACCCAGCAAUUCGGAGCGACUGCACGGGAGCCGAGCUGGCGCAGGCGGCGACGUGCGUCCAGGUGGCGCUGCUGUGCGUGCAGGAGUGCCCGACCCAGCGGCCGCCCAUGGCGGAGGUCAUCCCCAUGCUGUCGCGGCAGGUAGUAGCGCCGUCGUCGCAGCCGCAAAGGCCCGUGGUGUGCACGCCCAGGAACAUCAGCCACGCUCUCGCCGUGGACGACGCGCGAGAGAUCACCUGCGGCAGCAACGACGUAACCAUCACGGACCUCCAAGGCCGGUAGCAAUUAAUACGCUGUAUGCUCUACAUUACAUAGCAUGGAUCCAUGGAUGGAUGGACGAUCCUGCAGGACAAAUUCUCUGCAGAGAUAGUUUCCUUACAAAUUAUCUGCACAAAGCUAAUGAGUAGUUCGUGGAUUCAACUGUUUCCCCACAAGCUUAAUUUAGAUCAUGGGGGUUUCAUGAUUCAUGAACCACGCAUUCUUC